AUGAGACCAGCAAACGCUAGUUUGUUUCUUGACCACUUCAAGUCGUCGAUAUCCAUGGCUCUUGUGAGAGCAGCCGAUCCACAAACCUCCUCUGUUUCCAGUACUUCUGGAUAUUGUCGUUAUCACGUGUUCCUGAGUUUCAGAGGCCAAGACACUCGCAAGACUUUCACUGACCACCUCUACACGCCCUUGUCAACGCCGGAUUUCGCACUUUCCGAGACUACGAUGAAGUCGAGAGAGGAGAAGGUAUCAAGCCCGAACUGCAGAAAGCAAUCAAACACUCACGAACUUCUGUCAUUGUGUUCUCGAAAGACUACGCGUCAUCCAGAUGGUGCCUUGACGAGCUGGAAGCAGACAGGAAGUCUUGCAAAGGCAUUUGCUAGACACCAAAAAACUGAACCGCUGCCGAAGGUGAAGGCAUGGAGAGAGGCACUUGCAGAGGUUGCAGAUCUGGCAGGGAUGGUCUUGCAAAAUCAAGCUCAUGGGUACGAGUCAAAGUUCAUCAAGAAAAUAGUUAAAGUGAUUGGAGACAAACUAAGUCGCACACCAUUGAGUGUUGCUCCCAACUUGGUUGGAAUGCAUUCUCGAGUCGAAAGAAUUAAUUUCUGGUUACAACGGAGGUCAACUGAUGUUGGCAUACUUGUAAUCUAUGGGAUGAGUGGAAUAGGGAAAACAACCAUCGCAAAGACUGUUUACAAUUCAAACUUUAGAAUAUUUGAAGGAAGCAGCUUCCUUGAAAAUAUCAAAGAAGUUUCACAGCAACCCAAUGGCUUAGUUCAAAUACAAACACAACUUCUUUCUGAUAUUUUGAAUGGAAGAAAAAUGAAAAUAAGCAAUGUUAGUGAGGGAUUAAUUAAGAUUGAAGAUGCAAUAAGCUCUAAAAGGGUUCUUCUUGUUCUCGAUGAUGUGGAUCAUCUGGACCAAUUAGAUGCAGUACUUCAAGUGAAAGAUCGAUUUUAUCCAGGUAGUAAAAUCAUCAUAACAACUAGGCGUGCAAGAUUGUUAAAGGCUCAUCAAAUUACUGAGGUGUAUGCAGUUGGAACUUUGACUCAAAAAGAAUCAUUGGAGCUCUUCAGUUGGCACGCUUUUGGCCAAGACCAUCCUGUUGAAGAUUACAUAGAAUAUUCAGAGAAGCUAGUCGAUCAUUGCGGAGGACUUCCAUUAGCUCUCAAAGUUUUAGGUUCUUCUUUGUUGGGGGAAAGUGUAUGUCUAUGGAAAAGUGCAUUGGAGAAGUUAGAAGUUAUUCCAAAUGGUGAAAUAAUAAAUAAACUAAGAGUAAGCUAUGACUCUUUGCAAGAUGACCAUGACCAAAAAUUAUUCCUCCACAUUGCUUGUUUCUUUAUCGGAAUGGACAAAGAUUACAUUGCUAAAAUACUAGAUGGAUGUGAUUUCUAUACAAUUGUUGGCAUUCAAAAUCUCAUCGAUAGAUGUUUGGUGAUUAUUGAUGGAUGGGACAAGGUGCGGAUGCACGACCUGAUUCGUGGAAUGGGAAGAGAAAUUGUUCGCCUAGAAUCAAAGGAGCCCUGGAAGCGUAGUAGAGUAUGGCAUCAUAAGGACUCUUUCAAAAUCUUGAAGGAAAAGAAUGGUACGGAAACAAUUGAAGGUCUUGUCCUGGACAUCCACAUGUGCCCUACUAUAAACUCAAAUGAGAAAGUCUUGGAAACCAAUGCAUUUUCACGGAUGCAGGAACUAAAACUACUCCAUCUUAGUCAUGUAAAACUCCGCGGAUGUUACGCAAAAUUUUGUAGUGGACUAAGAUGGUUGUGUUGGCUUGAAUUUCCUUUAGAUUCUAUACCCGUCGAUUUUCCUGUGGGAAGCAUUAUUGUUCUUGAAAUGCAAUACAGCAAUCUGAGACAAGUAUUCAAGGGAACAAAAAAGGAGGUUUUCUCUCGUUUUGUAUGUUUACCAGACGAAGAAGAAGAGCAACAGGAUGAUAUCACAGUUGCAACCACUACAGGCAGCAAUAACUCCGGCGGCCUCGGUGGCUGGAAGCUGCUCGCAGCUUGUUUCUGUUGUCCCGUUGGUAUGAAAAUGUAG